GAAACAGACUUAAGGAAACACGCCUUUUUUUUGUCACGAUGGCAACUGUACAACUUUAAAGUAGCUACAGUGUACCUUUUUUCUUUCUUAUUUAAAACUGUAUCUUAGAACUCUGCACCAUGGCAGAAUCCAGUACGGGUACCUACCUUAUACGUCCAGAUUAUCAGAAAAAGUUUAAACCAGCAAUUGUGAAGGAAUUUGUUCAUGAGAUUGUGAGGGAGCGUCUGUCUGGAGUGAAGUAUGAGCCUGAGAAAAUCCCAGAGACGUGCAGUUCACUGGCAGACUGCAUUAGGGACAAAGUAAAAAGCCUUGGUAUUGACAAAUAUAAGAUCAUUGUUCAGGUGAUGAUUGGAGAACAGCGGGGACAAGGAGUGAAGAUGUGUUCCAGGUUUUUCUGGGACGCUGAUACAGACAACUACGCAGAAGAUGUGUUUAUGAAUGAUAGCCUGUUCUGUGUGGCAGCAGUUUUUGGAUGCUAUUACUACUGAGGAUGAAGACGCAUAGAGGACAACAUUUAGUCUCUUUUGAACAUUAAAGUUUCUGAAAUGAGUUGUGUGGAAGCUCUCAGAGAUUUUUGACUUUUCUAAACGAUACCUGAACUGAUGUUUGGCCUUUGAAGAAAAUGUUAUCUCCAGGGUGUCCUGGUUGGACAUGAUGAUUAUUAAAAACCAAUGCCUUUUCAAUAGAAAACUCUGAAAAACCCUGUCAUUUAUCAAAACACUACAGAUUUUUCUAGCUCCUCGGUCAAAAAUGUUGGAAAGGUUGAUGUUUGGUUUGUGGCGGCUUUAAUUCACACAUUUUUGGUUGUGCUUGACAUAGCACAAAUGUUUCAGCAGAGGUCAGUAUUUGUCUGUAAUUAUCAAAGAUAAGGCAGUACACACUGAUGCCUUUAGUUUUCAGUUUCCCUAUUUUUCAAAUUUGCAAAGACAGUUAUUACUUUAACCUUGAAAAGAAAUUUUUUUUUAGUUUUGGAAUUAUAAUGGUUCUAAAAAUGUUCUAAACUUGUUUGUCUUUGGUCAAGAAAGUGAAUCAUGACUGUCCUUACCUUCAGACAGUAUUUCUUUUAACCACAUUAGGGUUUAUUUGCUUUUUUUGUAAAGAAAAUGAUGAAAGGAAAAAAUGAAAAAGAUUUUUUUUUAAUAGAAGAAAAAAAACAUUGUAUUUUUAAUUUUGUAUUUCCAACUGGUAAAAUAGAUAUGGAAGAAAACACCAAAAAGACAAAAAAGUAAAAUAUUACUUUUACAUAAACUAAGUUUUUCAACCGACAUUGUUACAUUGUUUCUGGUAAUUAUGGGAAAUCUCGUUGUUUACUUGUUCAGGCUUUCUUUUCUUUGUUUUCCAGUUAUGUUCAGAAUUAGAGACAAUAUCAAAGGUUUUUGUAAUUUCUUAAUACUCUGCAGAAGCAAUACUAUUCUUUUUGCUUAUCAGAGCUACACAGACGGGUAAAACAAUUACAUGUUGACAACAGUUUAGAAGUUUGCUUAUGAAUUCUUACAGUAAGAAGUCAGUAAACAUGAAGAGAAUUAUUUCUUUAAGAAGGUAUGUUGUCUUGAGAAUGAAAGUUUUUUUUUUUCUUAAAUGUGUUUUUAUUGAUUUUUGUUUAGUUUAGAAAAGUUAGUUAAAGGAUGCAGUAGGUCCAUAUUUAUGAGUAAAACCCCACCAAGCUCUGUGGCAUAAAUAGGUUUACUAUAAUGCAUUCAGUCAGUGAUCCUUCACUAUGCAGUAAUGGUGUUAAUGAUGUGCUCUCCAGUGCCUGAUUUACUCACUCAUGCUCCACAGCCUGUUAGUGAACCCUCAGCACCUGUUGUGAGCGAUUGAGAGAGGAAAGGCUUUUCUCUGACUAUUUAUUCAUGUCAUCUUGACUGGUUCAGUGCUGCUCAGAGUCCAUGUGUUAAUUUUAUUCUCAAAGUACGCUCUACUGCGUUCAAGAGAUUCUCCCGUGUUUUGACAUUUUUCUGUCAUCUCGCAGAAAAGUGAAGCAAACUUAAAUAUCAGUAUCAAUCACAGAGAUGUCCUUGAGCAAUAAUGGCUAAUGAGUGUGGAAUUGAAAGAAUGAUAUGAUUGUUGUUAGACAAACUGAAUAGGUUUUUGGUGAAAAAAAAAGAGAUAAUCACUUGUUUAAUGGAUGAAUCUUUGUGGUUUUACUUUCUCACUCCAAUUCCUGAUGCUGACUGUCAAGCAGGGAGGCACAUGGGAUUUAAACCCAAAAUCCGUUUCAGAACAGACACUUGGGCUCGAUUGAAAUGAGGAUACACUGCUGUCUGUAACCUAUUCAAACUGUUCCAAAUGAAGUAAAACAAAUAAACCAAAGCAGGAGCUUUGUUGAAAUCAAGCAA